UAAUAUAUAAAAAUAAUUAAUCAUGUCUUAAGAUUAUGUAUUCAAUCUAUUCUUAAUAUUUAGUUAACUGUCAAGGAAAUUAUCAUUUAAAUGUUAGCUAGUCCUACAUGGUAAAAUCAAUACAAUUCUUUUGUUGAUGAAUAUUGCAUUUUUUUUGAUGAUGAUGAAGAAAACUCUAUUCAACAAAAUAACCUAUUUAAAUAAUUUCAAACUGAAAUGGCAGCAAUCUAUGACUCUUUUUUCAAUUCUUUAGGAUUGGAUAAUACUGAAGAAUUACAAGUCUAAGUAAAAUUAUCUCUAUAUUCUUUAUUCAGGUAAUCAAAGAAAUCCUUAACAGUGAUGGAGAUGACGAAAUUGAUAUCCAACAAUUACUAGCUUUAGGUGAUUUUCAAGUUUUCAAAGCAGAAAUGUCCUAUUAAAAUAAACGCAGAGAAAUAGCUGCUUAUGAAUAAUUAGUUGAUGAUGAUGAUGAUAAUGAUAAUGAAGAAGAAUAGUAAGAAGAUGAAGACCCUGAAGAUGAAUAAGCAUAAAAAAUGCAUAUAUUGAAAAUCAAAUUGGAGUAUGAAUAACUUUAAGAAGAACUUGAAUUAUAGUAGGCUAUGUAAAUCUCUUUAGACACACCAAGUAUAUCUAAAUAUAAUUACUAUUAGAUCAAAAGAAAUUAGAAAAGAUUUAAGAAUUACUUGAAGUAGUAGUAGCAAGAUUAGAUACUUUAUAGAAAGAAGAAGAAGGAAUGCAAUAAAAUUAAUAAAUGGGUUAAAAAAUUGAUAGAAAAACUAAAUUAAUUGAUCAACUCUAAAAGCUUCCUCCGAUUGAUUUAUCAUAAGAGUAAGAUAUUUUUAAGAAGAUAUAAUAAGAAGUGAAGAAAAUAUGAAAAAUCAAC